AUGGUGACGCUGAGACUGAAGGGAAGGCACACCAACACAAGCAUCAUCCAAUGUUACCCCCUUACUAACGACAGUGAAGAUGAAAGCAAGGACUAUUUUUAUGAACAGCUAGAGAGAGAAUUGACAGGUAUACCUCGUCACGACCUUAUCGUUGUAAUGGGUGAUCUGAAUGCUAAAGUAGGAGAGGACAACACCAACUAUUGGACAACGAUGGGACAACUUGGUACGGGUACAAUACAUGAGAACGGCGAAAGACUUGUGGACUUCUGCGCAUUGAACAACUUGGUGAUAGGCGGAACCCUCUUCCCAAAGAGUACAAUCCACAAACUGACCUGGAAUUCUCCAAAUGGCCGGAACAAGCACCAGAUUGACCACCCUAUGAUAGGAGGAAUGUGGAGACGCUCCGUACAGGGUGUGAAACUCAGUGAUGGCAAUGUGAGAUCUGCCUUCCGACUAGAACUAAAGAACCGAUUUCAAGCUCUCCAAGACCUGGAAGAAACCACUCCCAAUACAGAUGAAGUCAAUACCCAAGGGAAGCAUAUUGUUGAGGCCUACACAGAGAGCAGUAAGACAUGUUUUGGUGUCAAGGAAAAGAAUGCAAGCAAAGAAUGGAUACAGCAAGGAACUUGGAAUACUAUUGAAGAACGGAGAAAAAUCAAGAAAAGACAGCUUGCAGCUAAGUCGAUACGACUACAAGAGAAGUACGCAGAGGAUUGCAAGGAAGCUUGCCAGAAAGUUAAAAGACUGGUAAAGAAGACACACAAAAGAGAAGCCAUGGAAAAAUUGGCAACUGAAGCAGAGGAGACAGCUGCUAAAGGUGAACAAGGCAACGUAUACAAGAUCACAAGAAUAAUAUGUGGUAAGUAUCACGGUGGAACGAGUGGACCAAUCAAAGACAAGGCUGGCAAGCUGCUGACAAUCGAGAAGGAACAGGAAGCACGCUGGACAGAACACUUCAGGGAAGUCCUAAACCAACAUCCACCUGAAGACACCCCAGAUAUACAGGAAGCUACAUUGGAUCUGGAUAUCAGCUCUGACCCACCACAGAAGCACGAGAUUGUAAAAGCUGUUAAGAGCCUGAAAUCAAGAAAAUCUCCAGGAAUGGACAACCUGAAUACUGAAUUGUUUAAAGUAGACUCAGAACUGACUGCCGCCAUUCUUCAGCCAUUAUUCAAAACCAUAUGGUAG